GAGAGAGACGCGGAGAAGAGGAGGAGAGCAGUGGAAAAGGGAGCGUCUGGGGCAGCGUCGCAACAGCUGCAGCGGACCACCAGCCAGCGACGGAGACGGGGGGAUAGCAUCGCGGCAGGGGGGGGUUUCUCUCUCCGGUAACGGCGGCAAAGGCUGCAGAGGAACUGCUGCAGGAAGCUCCCUCUCCCUUCUACGCCGCUCAUCGCCCGGCCGCUCGGCUGCGGUUCCCCUGACGACGAGCGGAGGGGCGGACUCUAGCGGGAAGGCUGCGCGUGGUUCUUCCUCCUCGUCUCUCCCCCCCCCCUGUUGAGGCUCCCCGGCCCGCUGGCAUGCAGGCGGCGGCGUGAGAGUACCUAGAGGAGCAGCAGGAGGAGGAAGAGGAGGUCGAGGGAGAAGAUGGAGAGGAGCGACAGCACCAAGGCGUACGGCCAGCCCAGCAGCGGCAAAGCCGUGGGCAUGGCGGCCCCCAAGCGGGCCAAACCCGGGGGCCCGCCGGGCGUCCCGCGCGGGGAGCUGCGGGUGUACCGGGCGGGCAGCACCGAGGGACGGCUCCCGGUGUCGUCCAACCUCCGCAAGCAGCGCUCCAUGACCAACCUGGCCGUGCUCACGGACGCCGAGAAGAAGCUGCACCUGUACGAGCCCAAGUGGUGCGACGACAUGGCGUCCCGCACCGGCAUCGGCGGCGGCGGCGGCGGGGCGGGCAAGCCGGGCCGAGCCAGGACCCCCGGGGGCCCGGCGGGGGGCCCGGGAGUGGGCGCCGGCGGCGCGCCUCUCUCGCGCAACCUCUCCAAGUCGGAGCACUCCCUGUUCACGGCGAAGGCCCGGCCCUUCAGCCCGCUGGCCGCCCAGUCGGCCCUGGGCAAGAGCCAGAGCCGCAUCCCCCGGGGCCCCUACGCCGAGGUGAAGCCCCUGAGCAAGGCGGCGCCCGAGGACGGCAAGUCGGACGACGAGAUCCUCUCCUGCAAGGCGGGCAAGGGGAAGAAGCAGGGGGCGGACGCUGGCGGGGGGGACCCGGGGUGCAGGAGCUCCGGGGAGGACGGUGGUGGUGGUGGUGGUGGGGGUGCUGGGGACAACAAGGCCUUCCUGAAGGUGGACCCCGAGCUGGUGGUGACGGUGCUGGGAGACCUGGAGCAGCUGCUCUUCAGCCAGAUGCUGGACCCGGAGUCCCAGAGGAAGCGCACGGUGCAGAACGUCCUGGACCUGAGGCAGAACCUGGAGGAGACCAUGUCCAGCCUGCGGGGGUCCCAGCUCAGCCACAGCUGCCUGGAGGCGGGCCCGGCGGGCUACGACAGCGACGACACCACCGCCCGCAGCAUGUCCAGCCUGUCCAACCGCUCCUCGCCGCUGUCCUGGCGCCACGGCCAGGCCUCGCCGCGGCUGCAGGCGGGCGACGCCCCCUCCUCGGCGGGCAGCGUGUACCAGGGGGGCGUGGCCUCGGGCCGGGGCGGGGCCCACACGGCGCCCGCCCGGGGCCCCCCCGCCCGCCUGGGCAGCUGCUCCACCUCGCGCAUCGAGCUCAUCGAGGGCCUCGACGACGCCGACCUCAAGUCCGGUUACCUUAGCGACAGCAACCUGCCCGACGACGACGACCAGUUGGCCAAUGGAUGGGACGAGAGCAGCUCCAUCAGCAGCGGCCUCAGCGACGGCGACGGGGAAGGGUCGGACAACCUGAGCUCUGAGGAGUUCAACGUCAGCUCCUCGCUCAACUCCCUCCCCACCACCCCGCUGGGCUCCCGACGCAACUCCUCCAUCAUGCUCCGUACGGAUGCAGAGAAGCGUUCCCUGGUGGAGAGCGGUCUGUCCUGGUACAGCGAGGUGGGCAAGCCCGGCCGCAAGCUGGACCCGGGGGGCGGCGUGGCGGGCGGCUACGAGACGGGGAGCCUGAAGACGGAGGCGCCCAGCAAGUGGAGGAAGAAGCCGCCCUGCACGGCGUCGCUGACGGGGGUCCGGGGCGAGAUGGCCCGGAAGCCCCAGAGCCUGGGGGGGCAGCCGGGGAGCCUGAAGAAGGGACGCAACCCCCCCGUGGGGGUCACCUCCCCCAUCACACACACCUCUCAGAGCAUGCUCAAAGUGGCAGUGGCUCCUUCCAAGCCCCUCGAUAAGUCCAAGAUGUCGGUGAGGACGGCGGGGCUGCAGCGGUCCCGCUCCGACGCAGGCCGGGACCACCACACCGAGUACCGCAAGCCCCCCUCCGGCCUCACCAAGCCCUCCGCCGGCACCUCCUUUGGCUACAAGAAGCCCCCCAUGGCCACGGGCACCGCGGCCGUGCUGACAGCAGGGGGCGCCACCCUCUCUAGUGGCUCCUCCACCCUGGGCAAGACCCCCAAGACCUCGGGCAUCCCCGUGAAGCCCCCGGGGGCCCCCACCGGCCGCAAGAACAGCUUCGACGCGGGCAGCGAGCAGGGCUUCGGCCCCCACUCCCGCAACAGCAUCCAGUACCGCAGCCUCCCGCGGCCCGCCAAGUCCAGCACCCUCACGCUGAUCGGACGCCCCGGGGGCCGGCCCGUCAGCGGCGUCAUGGACCCCGGGCUGCUCAGCCUGAAGCCCGUCCCCAUGGCCUCCUCCGGGCCCCGCAUGAAGGACACCUGUGGAGGAGGGGGAGGAGGAGGGGGAGGGAAGACGGGGCGGGGCGGCUCGGGCCCGGGCGUGAACCAGACGGACCGGGAGAAGGAGAAGGAGCGGGCCAAGGCCAAGGCGGAGGCGUCGGACAUGGACUGCUGCUCGCUGAAGGGGGAGCGCGGCGGGCGCGCCGAGCCCCCGGGGGCGGGGGAGUCCACCGUCAAGCUGCACGGCCUGAGGAGAACCGGGAGCGGGAAGUACCCCGAGCUGUCCUCCCCCACCACGCCCAGGAUGCUCCACUCAAAGUCUCUGGGCCGGCCCCCCAGCCUGGCCCACCUGGACAAGGUCAACUCCAACAGCCUGGACUCGUGCAUCACCAUCCAGGACCUGCCGCCCAAGGUGCCCCCCUACUCCAAGCUGGCCGACCUGGCGGGCUCUCGCUCCGCCACCUCCCCCACCGUGCCCCACCACCACCACCACCACCACCGCCUCACCCCCAGCCCCGCCCCCGUCCUCUACGUGGACUCCCCGGGCUGCUACACCAGCGAGAGCCUGAGCCUGGGCGCCUCGCCCCUGCUGUACCCCAAGCUGUCGGGGGUCCACCGCAGCAUGGAGUCCCUGCCCCUCCAGAUGAGCGUGCCCCCCGUCAGCCGCUACGCCAGCCGGGCUGAGGAGAGGGGCGCCGGGACCUGGGGCGCGGGGUCCCGGUCAGAGUGCCACGACCGCGAGGAGAGGGGCACGGGGACCUGGGGCGCGGGGUCCCGGACCUCGCUCAACCUCCCUGAUUGCUUGCAGGUGGACAGGAACACCCUACCCUCGAAGAGAGGCUUAGAACGUUACAGCUCCAGCCUAUCAGAGAGCAGCGACGGCGGCAAGCAGGGCCGGCGCCACUCCCACACGGUGGCCAGCAUGACGGACAGUGGCAGCCCCCCCCUGCUGCCCUCGCCCACCCGCCUGCUGCACCCGUCCUCUGGCAAGGCCCCGCCCACCAACAUCGUCGCUCCCAUCACCUGUGCCAGCCCCCGGAUCGCGCGGUCCAAUAGCAUCGGCCCUCCCACUGACUCCGCCUACGACCUGUAUGGCUCCUCCCCUGUGGGCAGCAGCCUGUCCCUGGCCGACCGGCCCAAGAGCAUGAUGCGCUCCGGAUCCUUCCGGGAGGCCGGCGAUGACGUCCAUGGCUCUGUGCUGUCCUUGGCAUCUAACGCUUCGUCUAAUUAUUCAGCGAAUGAGGAAAGGAUUCAAGGGGAGCAAAUCCGCAAGUUACGACGAGAGCUGGAGUCCUCCCAGGAGAAGGUGGCCAACCUGACCAAUCAGCUGUCAGCCAACGCUAAUUUGGUAGCAGCGUUCGAGCAGAGUCUGGCCCUGAUGACUGCCCGCCUCCAGACUCUGUCUGACUCUUCAGAGAGCAAGACCGGAGUGUCGCCCCUCCAGGAAUCUGAGCUCAGCGAGCUGAAGGAGACCAUCGAGAUCCUGAAGACCAAGAACACGGAGGCCCAGGAGAUCAUACAGGGGGCCCUGAGCCACCCAGACAUGGCCCCGCAAGAGCUGGAGAUCAGGCGUGAGAACUCGUCGGAGAGCAUCACCAGUCUGAACAGCAUCACCAGCCACUCCAGCAUGGGCAGCCUGAAGGAGCAGGAGGCCAAGAAGAAGAAGAAGAAGAGCUGGCUGCGGAGCUCCUUCAACAAGGCCUUCAGCAAGAAGGGCUCCAAGCUGUCGCUGUCCUACGCCGACAUCGAGGAGAUCUCCACCCCGGAGACCUCGGCCCCCUCCUCACCCAAGAUCCGCCACGCCCGCGACAUCUCCCCCCCGUCCCUGAAGAUCUCCGCCUCCGCCUCGUCCUCCUGCCUGGAUGAGGAGGGGGAGCCAGGGGAGGAGAAGGAGGUGUGCACCCUGCGCUCGGAGCUCUGGGAGAAGGAGCGCAAGCUGACCGACAUCCGCCUGGAGGCGCUGAGCUCCGCCCACCAGCUGGAGCAGCUGCAGGAGGCCAUGACCAGCAUGCAGAGGACCGUGGAGAACCUGAAGUUGGAGAACGACCAGCUGAAGACGGGCGGGCCCCCGUCGCCCACCCCCUCAGGGGGGGGGCCCUCCAGCUCGGCCUCCCAGUCCUCGGGCCUCACGGCCAUGGGGGGCACCUCGCCCCGCCUGUCGGCCCACCUGCCCAAGAGCUACAGCCGGGGGCUCAGCGACAGCUCCUGUUCAGACGUCUUCUUCCCUGCGGACUCCGUCAGCUCCUCCCUACAGAGGGACGACCACCGUGUGCGCGUGGUGGUCUGUGUGGCGGACCUCCAGGUCUUCAAGGAGGAGGUGAAGCAGCAGGACUUCUUCGUUGGUACCGUGAGAGUCAACGGGCGCAUGGAUUGGCCGAUGCUGGAUUCAGCCGUCAGUCAGGCUCUUAAGGUGUACAUCGCCAAGGUGGACCCCACGGCCAGCCUCGGCCUGUCCACGGACUCCAUCUACAGCUACAACAUGGGCCACAUCAAGAGGGUCCUGGGAGGGGAGGCCCCUGAGAGCCAGCCCUCCCGGUGCAUGUCCAGGGCCCCCACCAGCAUCACUGUGGCCCUCAAAGGCCUGAAGGAGAAGUGCGUGGACAGCCUGGUCUUCGAGACGCUGAUCCCCAAGGCGAUGAUGCAGCACUACAUCAGCCUGCUGCUGAAGCACCGUCGCAUCAUCCUGUCUGGGCCCAGCGGCACGGGGAAGUCGUACCUCACCACGCGCCUCGCCGAGUACCUGGUGGAGCGCAGCGCCCGCGAGGUCGGCGCCGGCAUCGUGGUCACCUUCAACAUGCACCGCCAGUCCUGCAAGGACCUACAGCUCUACCUGUCUAACCUGGCCAAUCAAAUCGACCGGGAGACGAGCACAUCGGAGAUACCGCUGGUGAUCAUCCUGGACGACAUCAACGACCCGAUCUCCAUCAGUGAGCUGGUGAACGGGGCACUCACCUGCAAAUAUCAUAAAUGUCCUUACAUCAUCGGGACCAGCAAUCAGCCGGUGAAGAUGACUGCCAACAACAGCCUUCAUCUCAGCUUCAGGAUGGUGACGUUCUCCAACAACGUGGAGCCGGCCAACGGCUUCCUGGUGCGCUACCUCCACAGGAAGCUGAUGGAGUCGGAGGACGAGAAGAACCUGACCAACGAGGACCUCCUCCGCGUGCUGGACUGGGUGCCCAAGCUGUGGUACCACCUGCACGCCUUCCUGGAGAAGCACAGCACCUCCGACUUCCUCAUCGGGCCGUGUUUCUUCCUCUCCUGUCCCGUGACGGUGGAGGACUUCCGCUCGUGGUUCAUUGACCUGUGGAACCACUCCAUCAUCCCCUACCUCCAGGAAGGGGCCAAGGACGGCUUCAAGGUCCACGGCGGGCAGAAGGCGCCCUGGGAGGACCCCGUGGAGUGGGUGAGGGGCAGCCUGCCCUGGCCCUCAGCCAAGCAGGACCAGGCCAAGCUGCUGCACCUGCCGCCCCCCAGCGGGCCCUCGGGGGGCCCCGGCCCCGCCAGCGAGCUGCGGCACCAGGAGACGCCCCCCAGCUCCAUGGACUCGGACCCCCUGAUGGCGAUGCUCCUGAAACUACAAGAGGCGGCCAACUACAUCGAGUCCCCAGACAAAGAGGACCCCAGCCUGCCUCGACUUUAAACACAGAGUCCUCAACGGCAUCACUGUUCUGCGUUUCAUUUGCAGCUUUUUAUUGUCAUUUAUUUUCUUUUUUUUUAGGGGAGACUAAAAAACAACUUUACUUACAUCGGCCGUUUAAAAUUCUCUAGAAGCUGUUGCGUUCCGUUGUGUUUGUCCUCUAGGGGCCACCGUAGCCCUCAGCUCCAUCAGACAGGUGCUCUCCUUCCUGUAGGCUUAGUUGUUAUUCGUUGUCUUUAGGCACUAAAUCAGGUGAUUCCUGCAACAGCACACGGUGCACCCGCUACACAGCAGGACAAUUCACCGAGUCUUAACACACGGCGACUGGCAUCCACACGUAGGAAGAGUACGACAGCAUGAGAGAUGUUCAGCUCGAAACGCAUGGUCCUCUAUAAAAACAUAUCCCAGUUAUCAUGCCUUCGAUGGCCGGCUGUUACACAUAUGCAACCAGUGGCGUCCCCCCGACCACAAGCAGGUGAAGGUUUGUCUGGGUUCAGUCAAACCGCAUGCCUUAAACGCCAGGACUCGGCAGAGUCAGCUUCGAGCAGGUCAUGGUGCUUAGGCGAGCGCUGUCAUCCCGUCUGCUGUCGACUCUUUAACACUCAAACCACGGCGAGGAUGACCCCCUAAUAUCUAUCAGCGGCGGACGACCCCCCGGUCUGCUCCCGUAGCCCGUCAUCUCGCACGCUAGCCGUGCUCGUGUCACAAGUGCCGUCGUGCUCGUCUGCGUGAAACCCCCAGCGAACUUCUAGGCUUCUCUCUGUGCCCCUUUGCCCCCGUAACCCUGUGUGUUUCCUGUUCCUGUUCCCCUGCCAUCGCCGACUUGAUCCAACUCAGCAGUGUUUGACACUAAGGCCAUAUGAAUCAGGUAUACAGUAUUACUUCAGUCUGUACUCGGACAUAGGCACGCCACAUCACACCGGAGGUACAGCCCCAGCCGAUGCAAUUUGCAUCCCAUCUCGUCUCUUCCUGAGUGUUUCUUUUUCAAAGUUUCCCCCCCCCCCCCCCAUGCCCUAGAUAUCAUAUAUUGGUCAUGUUGUUCAUGUGAAGAUGAUCUCUCAUCGCUAUAUGAGUUGUUUUAUUUACACUAGUUGCAUGGUGCGAAUAUCUAAUAUGCUGAACCAAAUACUGUAGGUCCAUCUCGUGUUUUUUGGACGGUCCGGUUUGGUUUUUUUCCAACGUUUUUCACCUUGUAUGAAUGUAUAGGUUUGAUUUAGAAACACACUGCCAUCUGACCACUUCAACCAUUCAGAGUGCUUGUAAAGAAGAGCCUUAUUAUUGUUAUGAUUCUGAUUCUGAUUAGUAAUUGUAUUAAUAGUAUUAUAAGCGGCAGUGUGCAAAUAGCAACCAUAACAGACAUGAGCAUUUUUUCUAAGUUUUGGGGCAAUUGAAAGCCAUCUUUCCCCGCUUCAUUCAACACAUAUUUUCUGCAUCUCUUGUCCAAUAUCCAUACAUAUAUAAAAAGCUAGGUACUUAUUUAGAUACUUGGGUUCUCUUUCACAAAAUGUACCAUUCAAUAUAGUGUAUUUACAGCCAGGUAAGCUACAAAAUAAAAGUCAUUUUUAUAAUUCCUUUGAAAAGUGUUAGUAGGCGACGGUACUGUUUGAACAGAUCUAAGGCAUAAAGUUUUUUCACUUUAAAAAAGUAAACUUGUUAAAAUAUAUAAUGUGGCACAUCGUUGCGGUGUUGAUGGUUGUAAAGUAUGUUUAAAGAAACAGUGGUGCGCAGAACAUGCUCUCGUUCUAUGGAAAGUCGAGAGAAAUUUUGGUUUAAAAAGCCACAAUAUGUGACCCCCACAUGGACGUGUACUUCAAUGUAGCCUACUUAGUGUAAUUAUUAUUUUAUACUCAAAAUAAGGUUCUAAUAGAUGACAAAGGGCGGUCCAAACGUGGGCUAUGGUGUUUGUUGUCAUCCAAAAUGUCGUUUGUCCAUUCCAUGUGUCGUCAAGCCUGAGAUUUUUCACUUGUGUACAUACAUAACAACCUAAAAGAAUGUCGGACCAAUCUAAAUGUAGUGAAAACUGCUUUAUAAUUUAACGGCAUAGCCAAACUACAUUUACAGAGCUUCUUGGUUUAUUUUCUUUUUACCUUUGCAUACACCUAACGAUUGUUUUACCAUUUAACUUCUGCAGCUGACUGCCCUUCUAACUAAAUGACCCCCAUUCCAAGCUACCUUCACGUGACCCAAGGAUGCCAAGCCUUUAGUGGCUCCUCUGGCUCCCAAUCAAAAGAGAAGCUUGUCCUUGUAAAUACUUGAGGUAGUCUUCAACGCCCCCACCUUAAUUGAUGUUAGGAUAGGCCUCCCCCAUGCAGGAGUCACCCCCUCUUGUGUCACCAUCGUCACAUUCACUGGUUAUUGUGCCUGUUGCUUUGUGAUAGCUGUGACGUGUGUUUGGUUUGAACCGACUAAAACAGCACCUUCUGCCAGUGUUGGUGAUCGCUAGUCUGGGAGUAGUAUAGCGUCCACCAAGUGUAGGACGGAGAUCUCUGGACCAAAGUGGAUUUGCAGUACAUGCAAAGAGUGUAAAGCCUUAUUGAUGAUGAGUGGCAGCGCGGUUGCAUGAAAUGUGACUGGAACAAGGUGCAUCAUGGUCUUAAUUCUCUUCAGUGGCCGUGAAGGGGAGAUUAAACACUGACUUGACGAUGGAAAUAGACCUCUACAGUUGAGGUCCCUGCGACUCUGGUUGCAGUUAGGAGUGGA